UCUUCAGAGAGAAAGUGUGACCUGUCUGGACUGUGGCGGAACGAGCUGGGCUCGCUGAUGGAAAUAAAUAAAGUUAACGAUGCAGGAGAAUUCUCCGGCAAGUACCUCACAGCUGUGACGGCCACCAGCAACUGUAUCCACAGCUCGCCCCUGAAGGGAGCCCAGCAUGACAGGACACAGAGGAGCCAGCCGACCUUUGGCUUCACUGUGAACUGGGAGAAGUUCUCAAACUCGACAACCGUCUUCGUAGGCCAGUGCUUCGUUGGUGAUAAAGGGAAGGAAACUCUGAAGACCAUGUGGCUGCUGCGUGAGGAGGUCGGAUCCCCUGGAGACGGCUGGAGAGCGACCAGGUGGGUGACUGGGCACAGACUGGCCAGGAGCGAAGGUGCCGCCUGCGGAGCUGGGGCUGCAGGGCCUGGCCCCGUCUCUGCUCAGCGCUGUGCCAAGGGCUGGGAUCCCAACCCGGCUCUGAGCCCGUGCGGGAUGAGCUGGUGA